AUGCAGUCAGUGCCGGUCCCAGUAGAGUGGGGGAUGCCGGUGCGGGGCUGUGCUAGUGCAGAUGGGGGCGUGCCGAUCCCGGUACGGGAGGGGGAUUGCCGGUGCCCGUCCCAGUCGGCGGAGGAUGCCGGUGUCGGUAUCGGGGCGGAUGCUGUGCAGGUGUGAGGGAAUGCCAUUGUGGGGCUGAGGUCGCCGGUCCCGCAGGUGCAGGAGAUCGUGUUCAAGAAUUUCUACACGGCGUUCCUGAGCGUGCGGGUGCAGCGGCCCGGCCCCAGCGGGUCCCGGCGCUGGGUGACCUGCCUGCGGGACCUGUGCCUGAUGCCUUGCCCACACACCGAGGAGGGCUCACAGGACUACUUCUGCCUCCAUCGGCACCAGAUGCUGUGUGACGUGGACCAGGUGACAGCAAUGAGAUUCAUUCUGCGACAACCCUCCCCAGUCUGGCUCCACUUCACCAUCGAGGACCUGCAGAUUUUCCCCCCUGGACAGAAGAGUCCGCAGAAGGAUUUUCCCUCCUGGCUCUCCCAGCUGACCCCUCCGGAGCAGCCAGCCAGUCUGCAUGGGGAGCUCCCUGAUCCGGAAAAGGUGUCAACAGAGGUCCAGCAAAUGUGGGUGCUGACAGAGGUGAUCCGGGCUCGCCAGGCAGCUGCCCGCAUCGGGCGCUUUGAUGUGGAUGGCUGCUACGAUGUCAACCUGCUUUCCUACACCUGAACCCGCUGGUGCUGGUGCCAGCUGGGGAAAAGUGCCCCUUCCGUGCUCCCGGGGCCUGAAUGGACUCCUGCAUUCCCGCCUCGGCCAUUGACCCCACGGGGGUCCUAAGCCCUCCCUGUGCCCCUUCCCUGACUCCCUCUGCACUGCCUAUCAGUGAGGGUCAGUGUUGCCACUCCAGAGGCCCCCGUGAGCCUCUCCUGGGCACGUCCCGUGGGCAGAGCCCGGACACUGCAAAGGGGGUGCAGGGGGACCGAGGGGUGCGGGGGUGCUGGAGAGAUCAUCACUAAAAGCUGCUACGUUGGC